AUGAAUUUUCAGAUAAAUCUAAGCUGCUCCAAUCACCCUUAAAAGAAGGUUGAAUUUUUUGCUUAUAAUUAAACAUCAAAUAAAUAUGAAUUAGUAUGCUCACGCUGCAUUAGUAAGCUACCAAAGGACUUUGUCACUAUUGAUAAUGAAGAAGUCUUCUCUGAAAGUUAGAAAUACAUCACUAAUUGGCCUCCCUUAAAAAAUGAGUAAUUGUAGCAACAAAUACAAAAAAAACUAGAGAAUUAGGAUAAUCAAGAAACUAAAACUGAUAAUCCAGGUAAAUGUGAUAACUAAUAGUUAUUUACUAAAAUGAGUGAACAAUUUUCAACUUUUCUGGUAGAUUUCGAAGAAAAUUUGAAAAAAUAACCUUAAGGUAGUUAAUUAAUCUAAUAAAAGUAUUAAGAAAUAUCUUAAUCGAAGUAGCUUCUCUCUUUCAUUAAGCAGGAGGUUAGUAAAAAGGAGAAAUUUUCAGGUGUAUCUUAGGAUUUUAAAAGUUUUUUAUAAUAACGCUGCUAGGAUAACUCAACUGAUAAGUAAUUGGAAUAGGCUUUAAUUAAAUAAGAUAAAAAUGCUUAAGAAGAACAAAUCGUUAAACUGUAAUAAGCACUCAAAAUUUUUUAUAAUAAUUACAAUAAUUUACCAUAGAAGUUUUCAAAAAUCUAAAGAGCUUUAGAUUCUUAAAAAAAAUAAUAAACUAAGUUAGAGGAAGAAAAUGAAAUGCUUUCAUUAUUUAAUGAGAAAAAAAAACCUGAAGACGAAUAAUGGUUUUGCAACAUGAAUCAUUUCUAUUAAAAGUGCUUAGGAAAAAAGUAAAGAUUUACUAAAGAACAUUUUAAGCAUUUGUUAGAAUUUACUUUAGGAAAAAGUCAAUAUUGUACUAAAUGUUCAAGAGUUACUAAAAGCUACUAUUGGGCUUGCUAAUAAUGCAAAUAUUAUUUGUGCUUAGACUGUUCUUAAAAAAAAGAUUAAUUUAAUAUAUUUUAUGACAAACUUUUAAACUCAAGACUUUAAAAAAAUAUUCGUGAAGAUAAAAAUGAAUUUGGAUAUUUUUUCGUUUUUGCAUUUAAAAGUGAUGGUAAUAGAUUUGCUUAUUGUGAUAAAUGUUCAAGAUAAUUAGUAGAUAAGAAAAAAUAUGCUUGGUAUUCAAAGUCUCAACAAUUUUUGUAAUGUCUUGUCUGUUUUUAAGGUGCUGCUGACAUUUUUAUUGACAAAAAUUACUAUGCUAAACCAGAUAUCCCAUCAACAUUUUUCAAUCCAGGUUACAUGCAAAUUCUCUAAUAAAAUUAACAAUAUGUUAUUGAAUUUUUUGUUAACCCUGCAAAUAAAUCUUUAAAAAAAGAUAACUAAUUACCGUACAUACAUUUUUAAGUAGAAACUUAACAAAAUUCUAAAUAAUAAGAUUCAAAUAAAUAAAAUCAGAAUUAGCCACAUAAAGAGUAUUAGAUUGUUAAAUAAUCAGAAUUUUAAGGAAGCUUGCAAAAAUAAAUAAUUCCAAUACAAGACAACGCUAUUAAUUAAUCUACUAAUAAUAUAAAUUGGUCUAAUAGUAAUAGUGAUAAUAACAAUUCUAAUAAUUUAAAUAAUUUGAAUGUGAAUCAGAAAUUAGACAUACCAAAUAGUUAAAUAAAUCAGGUUAAAUAAAUAAAAUCUACAAAAUAAUAUGACCAACAAGAUUAAAUUAUUAUUAUUAAUUUUUCUGAAUUUUUCAAGAAAAAUCUCAAUGUUUAGAAAAAGUUCCCAAAAAUUGAUUUUAAACAUGAUUUGAAAUUUACUGAAAAUACUGGUAAAAAUUGCAAAUUAUGUAAUAGAUGUAUCAAUUAAUAUUGUUGGUCUUGCGAUUUAUGCUAAUACUAUGUAUGUAUAGAGUGCUUAUCAAUAGAGACAUUUACUUAAUUUUACUAAAAACUAAUUAAUUCUGAAUGCGAUGAAAAAAUUGGAUUACACAAUCAUUCUAAAAUGCAGUUUAAAAAAUUUACUAAUAUGUAUUGUGGAUAAUGUAGAAAAGAUUCUAAAACUCUACUAGGAUGGGAAUGUUCUGACCCAGUAAAUAAAUGUAAUUUUUGUGUUUGCUUAGAUUGCAGCUCAAAAUUUGGUGAAAUUAUGGUAGAUUCAAUAAUCUAUAGUUCAACCCCUGAUAUUCCUGUUUAAACAAGUUAAAAUUAAUUUUAGAAUUAACAAGAUGAUGAAAACUUUAUGGUUGUUAAUUUCUAAGAGUUUUUCAAGAAAAAUCUAAACAUUCAGAAAAAAUUCCCAAAAAUAGAUUUCAAACAUGAUUUGACAUUUGCUGAAAAUGCUGGUAAAUACUGCAAAUUAUGUAAUAGAUCUAUCAAUUAAUUUUGUUGGUCUUGCGAUUCAUGCAAUUACAAUGUAUGUUUAGAGUGUAUUUCAAUAGAGACAUUUACUUAGUAUUACUAAAAGCUAAUUAAUUCUGAAUGUGAUGAAAAAAUUGGAUCACACUAACAUUCAAAAAUGUAGUUUAAAUAAUUUACUAAAAUGGAAUGCAGUUCAUGCAGAAAAGAUUCUAAAACUCUACUAGGAUGGGAUUGUUCUGACCCAGUAAAUAAAUGCAGAUAUACUGUUUGCAUAGAUUGCAGCUCUAAAUUUGGUGAAAUUAUGGUAGAUACAAAAGUCUAUAAUUCAAUCCAUGAUAGUCCUGUUUAAAGCAGUUAAAAUAAGAAUAUUAACGAAAAUUAAUUUUAGAAUUAAUAAGAUGAUGAAGACUUUAUGAUUGUUAAUUUCUAAGAUUUUUUUAAGAAAAAUCUAAACAUUCAGAAAAAAUUCCCAAAAAUAGAUUUUAAACAUGAUUUGAAAUUUGCUGAAAAUGCUGGUAAAUACUGCAAAUUAUGUAGUAGAUCUAUCAUUUAAUAUUGUUGGUCUUGUGAUUCAUGCAAAUACUAUGUAUGUAUAGAGUGUAUUUCAAUAGAGACAUUUACUUAAUACUACUAAAAGCUAAUUAAUUCUGAAUGUGAUGAAAAAAUUGGAUCACACUAACAUUCAAAAAUGUAGUUUAAAAAAUUUACUAAAAUGGAAUGCGAUUCAUGUAGAAAAGAUUCUAAAACUUUAUUAGGAUGGAAAUGUUCUGACCCAGUAAAUAAAUGCAGAUAUACUGUUUGCAUAGAUUGCAGCUCUAAAUUUGGUGAAGUUAUGGUAGAUACAAAAGUCUAUAAUUCAAUCCCUGAUACUCCUAUUUAGAGCAGUUAAAAUAUGAAUAUUAACAAAGGUAAUAACCAGUCAGAAUAUUUAUAUUAGAAUUAAUAGGAUGAUGAAAACUUUAUGAUUGUUAAUUUCUAAGAGUUUUUCAAGAAAAAUCUAAGCAUUCACAAAAAAUUCCCAAAAAUAGAUUUCAAACAUGAUUUGACAUUUGCUGAAAAUGCUGGUAAAUACUGCAAAUUAUGUAGUAGAUCUAUCAUUUAAUAUUGUUGGUCUUGUGAUUCAUGCAAAUACUAUGUAUGUAUAGAGUGUAUUUCAAUAGAGACAUUUACUUAAUACUACUAAAAGCUAAUCAAUUCUGAGUGUGAUGAAAAAAUUGGAUCACACUAACAUUCAAAAAUGUAGUUUAAAAAAUUUACUAAAAUGGAAUGCGAUUCAUGUAGAAAAGAUUCUAAAACUUUAUUAGGAUGGUAAUGUUCUGACCCAGUAAAUAAAUGCAGAUAUACUGUUUGCAUAGAUUGCAGCUCUAAAUUUGGUGAAGUUAUGGUAGAUACAAAAGUCUAUAAUUCAAUCCAUGAUACUCCUGUAUAAAGCAGUUAAAAUAUGAAUAUUAAAGAACAUUAAUUUUAGAAUUAAUAAGAUGAUGAAGGCUUUAUGAUUGUUAAUUUCUAAGAGUUUUUCAAAAAAAAUCUAAACAUUCAGAAAAAAUUCCCAAAAAUAGAUUUCAAACAUGAUUUGACAUUUGCUGAAAAUGCUGGUAAAUACUGCAAAUUAUGUAGUAGAUCUAUCAUUUAAUAUUGUUGGUCUUGUGAUUCAUGCAAAUACUAUGUAUGUAUAGAGUGUAUUUCAAUAGAGACAUUUACUUAAUACUACUAUAAGCUAAUUAAUUCUGAAUGUGAUGAAAAAAUUGGAUCACACUAACAUUCAAAAAUGUAGUUUAAAUAAUUUACUAAAAUGGAAUGCGAUUCAUGUAGAAAAGAUUCUAAAACUUUAUUAGGAUGGUAAUGUUCUGACCCAGUAAAUAAAUGCAGAUAUACUGUUUGCAUAGAUUGCAGCUCUAAAUUUGGUGAAGUUAUGGUAGAUACAAAAGUCUAUAAUUCAAUGCCUGAUACUCCUGUUUAGAGCAGUUAAAAUAAGAAUAUUAACGAAAAUUAAUUUUAGAAUUAAUAAGAUGAUGAAAACUUUAUGAUUGUUAAUUUCUAAGAUUUUUUUAGGAAAAAUCUAAACAUUCAGAAAAAAUUCCCAAAAAUAGAUUUCAAACAUGAUUUGACAUUUUCUGAAAAUGCUGGUAAAUACUGCAAAUUAUGUAAUAGAUCUAUCAAUUAAUUUUGUUGGUCUUGCGAUUCAUGCAAUUACUAUGUAUGUAUUGAGUGUGUUUCAAUUGAACCAUUUAAUUUAUAUUAUUAAAAACUAAUUAAUUCUGAAUGUGAUGAAAAAAUUAAAUCACACUAACAUUCAAAAAUGUAGUUUAAAAAAUUUACUAAAAUGGAAUGCGAUUCAUGUAGAAAAGAUUCUAAAACUCUACUAGGAUGGGAAUGUUCUGACCCAGUAAAUAAAUGCAGGUAUACUGUUUGCAUAGAUUGCAGCUCUAAAUUUGGUGAAGUUAUGGUAGAUACAAAAGUCUAUAAUUCAAUGCCUGAUACUCCUGUUUAAAGCAGUUAAAAUAUGAAUAUUAACGAACAUUAAUUUUAGAAUUAAUAAGAUGAUGAAGACUUUAUGAUUGUUAAUUUCUAAGAGUUUUUCAAGAAAAAUCUAAACAUUCACAAAAAAUUCCCAAAAAUACAUUUUAAACAUAAUCUGACAUUUGUUGAAAAUGCUGGUAAAUAUUGCAAAUUAUGCAAUAGAAGUAUCAAACACUAUUGUUGGUCUUGCGAUUCAUGCAAAUACUAUGUAUGUAUUGAGUGCAUUUCAAUUGAAUCAUUUAAUUUAUAUUAUUAAAAACUAAUUAAUUCUGAAUGUGAUGAAAAAAUUGGAUCACACAGGCAUUCGAAAAUGUAGUUUAAAAAAUUUACUAAAAUGGAUUGCGAUUCAUGUAGAAAAGAUUCUAAAACUUUAUUAGGAUGGGAAUGUUCUGACCCAGUAAAUAAAUGCGGAUAUACUGUUUGUAUUGACUGUAGCUCGAACUUUGGUGAUUUAAUGGUAGAUAUUAAUAUUUAUAAAUCAAUCUCUGAUUUUAUUCCUUAAAUUGAAGAUAAUGAAGAAGACGAAUUAGUAUUAGAUUUCUAAUUUUUAUUUAAAAGUCUAGUAAAUAUAAAACACAGAUUCUAUAGCUUACACUAUACACAUGAUUUAUGCCUAAUACAAGGUUAAGGAAAAAAUUGCAAUUUAUGUUGGAAAUCAACUUUGAAUGUCUGUUGGAAUUGUUAAGAAUGUUAACUUUUUGUGUGUCUUGAUUGUAUACCUUCUACAAAACUUUUUAGAGGCCUUUAUGAUAAACUUCUAAAUUCAGAAGCAGAAGAAGAUCUUAGAAAUUUUAGACAUAAAAAUUUUAUAUUUACUAAAAAUAUUAAAAAAGAAUCUUGUACUAACUGUCAAGAUAAGCGUAAAGCGGAAUAUGGAUGGAUUUGUAGAGAAUAAGGUUGUGGUUAGUUUGUUUGUUUAAACUGCUCUUCUAAUUUUUAAGAAAUAAAUGUUAAUAAUUCAAUAGGAAAAUAAGAAUCAAAUUUAAUUACAAAUAUCUUCAAAAUUUUAAAAAACAAACAAAAUUUGACAGAUUCUACUAUCUAGGAAAUAAAUCAGUUUAAUCGAGACGAAGAGGAUGAAAAAAUCGUUCUUUACAGCUUUGAUUCAAUAUUUAAAAAUAAUAUUAAUCUAAAAAAUAAAUCAAAAUACCACAAUGAUCAUGAACUUGAACUGGUAAUAUCUAAUGAAGGCUACUGCAAAAGGUGUGUAACAAAUACAAAAGGGUUAUAUGUAUGGAAUUGUGAGUAAUGUAAAAUAAAAUAUUGUAUAAAUUGCACAACUUUCGAGUCUGAUUUAAGAUAUUAUUAUGAUAAAUUUAUAAACUCAGAAUAUGAUUAAGUAAUUAAAAAACAUAGACAUAUGAAAUUUGUUUUCAGGAAUAAUCAAAAAGGAAAAUCAAUUUAGUGUGACCUUUGUAAUUCAAGACCAAGUGAUUAAUUCUACUAUUGGUCAUGUGCAAUUUGUGAUGAUAGAUUUGAAAUAUGCUUAAGGUGCUCUCUAACCUUUGGUGAAGUAAAAAUAGAUUAAAAAAUUUAUUAAUCAAGCCCUGAUCCUCCAUAGAGACUAGCUGUUCAAUAAAAAUAAUAAGAAGAGUAAAAAGAAGAAGAAAAUAUUAAACUAAAUAUAAACUAGUAUUUCUAAAAUUGUAUCAAUUCAAAGCAACAAUUCGAUUCUCACAAUGCUCAUGAAUUAGUUUUCUCAGAUAUAUAAAAAGGUACUUGUAGAUAAUGUGAUAGAUCUCUCAAAAGCUACAGUUGGAGAUGUGAGUAAUGCAACUACUCAUUGUGUUUAGACUGUUCUUCAACUGUAUAAUCAUUUAAGUACUUUUACAAUAAAAUUGUUAAAGCUUAGUAUGAAUAGUAAGCACAUAAUCAUAAGCAUACUUCAUUUUCUUUUGUUAGCUUUGCAGAUGGAAAGAGUGGUAAGAGAUGUGAUAUUUGUUCUAGGUCAUUGUAUUAUUAUGGAUGGAAAUGUGGCUAGUGCUCAUUUGAUUUGUGCCUUAAUUGUUCUGGAAAAUUUGAAACAGUAAAACUAGAUUUAGAAGUCUAUAAAUCUCAACCAAGUAUUUCAUAAAAUCAAAUUAAAGAGUCAGAAGUAACAGUAAUCAAUUUUAAAUAGUUCUUCUAAAACUGCUUGAAUGUUAGGUAGAUAUUUGAUUCCCAUAAAGAUCAUGAAUUAACGUUCACAAAUUACUAGAAGGGAUGUUGCAGAAAAUGUGAUAGAUAAUUAAAGACCUAUAGCUGGAGAUGUGAGCCUUGCAACUAUUCACUAUGUCUUGACUGUACCUCUACAUUGAAAUACUUUUAAUUCUUCUACAAUAAGCUUGUAAAAUCUUCAUACUAACAAAAAAUAGAUAAACACAAUCACUAAUAAAUUGAUUUUAUUUAAUAUCCCGACGGUAAAAGUAAAAGAAUAUGUGACGUUUGUUCUAAAUCAAUUUUCUAUUACGGAUGGAAGUGUCCAUAAUGCGCAUAUGAUGUUUGUCUAAAUUGCUCUGGCUAAUACGAGAAUUUAAAUAUAAAUAUGGAAGUAUAUAAUUCUUAACCUAAUGUUCCUUAAGUUUUCACAAGUUAGUGA